GAAAUGCACCAUUUGCAUCGAUCGGCCUCGUUCGAAUCAGAACUUCUGUUAGUCUAGUCGAGGACGUUGGAUCAGCACGUUUUACGAUGUCAUCAGCUGCAACCGGGGCAACAUUUUGUGUUGUCAAGAAACCGGAUAGUUAUGAGCCAUAUGAGUUCAAGCUGUCGGAUAAAUUCCAGAAGCUGGCCAAGGAAGAACUACGCGAAGACGAUGAAAUUCGGGAACAGGCUUUGGCCAUUAUGAGGGAAUGGAUCGCUAAGCAUCCUUACAUUCACAAGUGUCGAACUGAUGCAAAUUUUCUGUUAAGGUUUUUGCGAUUUCGGAAGUUUUCCAUUCCACAAGCUCAGGAGGCCAUCGAGAAGUACUUGGUCAUGAGGCAGUCCUUUCCGAAGUGGUUCCAAAAAUUGGACUGCAACGAUGAGUUAAUGCGUAGUGCGAUCGACGAUGCUGUGCUUCUUCCGUUGGGUCAGGAUGAGGAAGGUCGACAGAUCAUAUGGGUACAUUUCGGGAACUUCGAUGUGGAAAAACUGGAUCCAAUAGCAGAGUUUCGCUAUCUGGUUCUGUUUUUGGAAUUAAUGUUGGAGGAUGAAGAGUUCCAAAUUGCUGGAGUCAGAGCUUGGGCUGAUUACACCAACAGCACUAUGAAACAUUACGGCAUCUGGGGUAUUCCGGAUAUGAAACUGCUGAUGGAUGCUGUCAAUCGCAUGAUCCCUUUCCGUAUUCGAGCGAUCCAUGGAGUUAAACUACCCAAAUUUGCUGUGGCCAUUGCCAAUCUUCUCUUGUCCUUUGCCACACCAAAGCUUAGAGAUAGGAUAAAUUGCCACAAUACGGUUCUCGAAUCGAAGAAGCACUUUGACAAAUCCCUCUGGCCCCAGGAAUACGGUGGUCCGGUGGACGUGGAUCAAAAGUUAAGGGAGCUUAAAAAACGGUUCGCCGAAAGAAGAGAAGCAAUCUUGGCCCUCGAUGAUAUGGAAAUCGAUAUCCAGCACCUUGCUUCAUUGCAGGUUCACCAGAACCGUUGGGACCAAGAGAACGCGGAAGUUGAUGGUGGUAUUGCCGGGUGCUUCCGGAAGUUGAAUGUGGAUUAGGGUUGUCAAUGAAAAUAGGAAUAAUUAAGGGUUUAAGAUGGAUUUGACUAGUUUAACGAAUA